GCCGUUUUCCCAUUACUUCGCAUUCCCCGCUCCAAGCUCCCCCGGAACACAACACACACACAAAAAAAAUCAUCAUGUCGCUGCAGUCGGACGCCGUUUUCCAGAAAAUCAUCGAUGGACUGAAGGAUAACGAGGCCAAGGCCAAGUCGGUCAACGGAGUGUUCCUCUACAAGAUCACCAAGGGCGGCAAGGUGGCCAAGGAGUGGACUCUGGACUGCAAGAACGCCAAGGCGUACGAGGGACCCGCCCAGGGCGUCAAGGUGGACACCACCCUGACCGUGGCCGACGAGGACAUGGUGGACAUUGCCCUGGGCAAGCUGAACCCCCAGGCUGCCUUCAUGAAGGGCAAGCUGAAGAUCGCCGGCAACAUCAUGCUCACCCAGAAGCUGGCCCCCCUCCUCAAGACCGAUGCCAAGUUGUAAAGAUGGUCAGGUCAUCACUACCACCACCAACUAUGUAACCGAGAGGGAUCAAAAUCAGGAGCAGGAUCACAUUCCUCACCCAAGUGUGUGUGUUUCUAUUAAUUUUUUUUUUUAAAUGCAUUGUGUGUAUUUUAAUCUUAAAUAUGUA